CAUAGUCUUGACUGCAGGUUCCAUUUCGCCCACCAUGAAGUACUCAAUCAUCCUUCCGUUUCUAGCUACGACGAUCCUGGCCGCUCCAUUGGAGCAGCGUCAGGCGGCCUGCAAGGUCCCGACCACCUUCCCGACCACGGCGAACGCGAAGCUGCCCAACCCCUUCAAAUUCUUCGACGGAACCGAUGUUAAGACCAAGGCCGACUUCGAUUGCAAGAAUCAGGAAGUCAGCGCCGCCAUCCAGAACCAGGAACUCGGUACCUUCCCACCGAAGCCGAGCACCGUCACCGCUACCCUGUCCGGCGGUACGAUCUCCAUCACCGCUUCUGAGGGAGGAAAGUCGGUCUCUUUUUCGGUCUCGGUUAAGACGCCCAGCGGAACAGGUCCCUUCCCUGCCAUCAUCGCCUACGGUGCUGCUAGCAUUCCGGUCCCCGCCGGUGUCGCUACUAUCACCUUCAACAACGACCAGAUUGGCGCUCAGCAGGGCCAGAACAGCCGUGGACAGGGCAAGUUUUUUGAUCUGUAUGGCUCUGGCCACAGCGCUGGUGCUCUAACGGCUUGGGCCUGGGGUGUCGACCGAGUCAUAGAUGCGUUAGAGACGGUCAACGCAAACAUCGACCCCAAGCGCGUCGGUGUCACUGGAUGCUCCAGGAACGGCAAGGGUGCCUUCGUUGCCGCUGCCCUCGUCCAGCGAAUUGCGCUCGGUAUUCCCCAAGAGUCUGGCUCUGGCGGUGCCGCCUGCUGGCGUGUCUCCGACUCGGAGAAGAGCAAGGGCAAGAACAUCCAGACCUCCAGCCAGAUCGUCGGCGAGAACGUGUGGUUCUCCAAGAACUUCAACGCGUUCUCCACCAAGUCUAACACUCUCGCCACCGACCACCAUCAGCUUGCCGGUAUGGUUGUUCCUCGUGGUCUCAUCGUCAUUGAGAACGAGAUCGACUGGCUCGGCCCCGUUUCCACCACCGCUUGCAUGAAGGCUGGUCGUUUGAUCUACAAGGCCUACGGCGUACCCGACAACAUGGGCUUCACUGGCUCCGGCAACCACAACCACUGCUCGUUCCCGUCCAACCAGCAGUCGGAUCUUACUGCUUACAUCAACAAGUUCUUGCUCGGCCAGAGCAGCGCCAACACGGCCAACAUUGAGAAGGGCCCGACUGCCAAUGUCGCCGACUACAUUGACUGGACCGCGCCUACGCUCUCUUAGUGUGACAGUACGAAAAAGUGGCUCAGACUUCGCUUCUUUGUAUCUAAGCGCUCACUUGUAGUUUGUAGCGGGCAAGCAUGUAAAUAGGAAUGAACUCGU